ACAUGUAUAUGUAGCAAGUGCUGGUAAUAAAGGAGUUGAUAAUGAUAAUCCACUUGAGACAAGUAUACCAUGUUCCUUUAAAUUGGAUAAUAUCAUAUGUGUUGGUGCUACUAAUGCUGAUGGUAAAUAUACUACUUGGUCUAAUUGGGGUAAAACAACAGUUCAUCUAGCUGCUCCUGGCAAAUCUAUAUACUCUACUAAACCUGGCUCUAAGUAUGGAUGGAAAAGUGGUACAUCUCAAUCAGCACCAAUGGUAGCUGGUGUUGUUGCAUUAAUUAGAUCAAUUAAUUUUUAUGCAACACCAGUUGAUAUUAAGAAUGCAAUAGUGAACUCAGUGGAUACCGAUCCAAACCUAGAAAUGAAGGUA